GUCGACGCAGGUCAGUGCUCGUUAAUGGAGCCUUGAAGCUACGAAUACACCAUGCUUGGCUGUUGGGUAUGCACGGCGUUGCUACUAUGUUACAUAUCAGGGUCUGGUUUGAGUGCCAGUGAGGCAGACCUUUAUCUCCCAAAGAUGAAAAGUUAUGACUUUUUUGUGGAACCAGACGAUGCCACGUGCCCUGGAGAAGGUGGAACAUACACAGUACUGAAAAGAGAUAGGCCACAUCCAUCGUGUACGCAGCUCAUGGUAAUCCCUACAAUCACUUGCAGAAAUGCUGGGGCCAGCUGUGUAUCCAAGAAAUCCUGUGGACGGAUAAAAGAUUCUUAUAUUUGCGUGCAGGUGUACACUCGGACUGAGAUUGCAUUUUUCUGUGCAAAUGGAUUUGUAUGGUCUACAUUACGUAUCCCCUCAUCAUGCGCCUGUUAUAGAAUACCCAAACAAAAUAAAUAAAAUUGGUAAAUAGAUGUAGUUAGUAGUUUCUUAACUGCUUAAAUGAAAGACAAAGUGAAACUCGUUAAAAGUAGACAAGGAGCCAUACUAUUUGAAAUGCUAUAUUUAGAAUAUUUUAUACAGCAAAACACAUCUAUGUGGAACCCCUACGGUACAAUUUAUGUCUAAAAGUGUUCCACUUAAAGAGGUCAGUUGGUAUUGGGACUCUGAAGCGUUCUACUAGAGGUGUUCCACUUAUCAGGUUUCACUGUAUUGUAUUGCAAUUUUAAAAGAAAGUCAGAUUUAGAUUUAUUUUAGAGAGAAAGGCUGAAAUAGAGAUAUCUGCAAUGACUGUUGAGUAACAUGAGGCAAGAAAUAUAGCC